UGGCACAAUAUCAAUCACGACCCUUUCAACAUGUUUGUAUGCACACCUGGAUUGUUAUGGACUUAAGUCAUAUCUGUUAAACAGACUGGAUGUGACCCUGUGACCCCUGGUUGCCAGGGAGAGAGCAGUGGGGCCAUGGCUGCUGGGGCUACAGUCGGGGAGAGCCAACUCCAGAGGAUUAUCCGAGAUCUGCAUGAGGCUGUUGCAGAGCUUGCAAAGGAGUACAGGGAAAGUGGGGAGCCAAUCACUGAUGACAGUACCAACCUGCACAAAUUCUCCUACAAACUGGAGUACCUUCUACAGUUUGACCAAAAAGAGAAGACUACAUUUCUUGGUACAAAGAAGGAUUAUUGGGAAUACUUCACUGACUGUCUGGCUAAAAUCAAAGGAGCCAAUGAUGGGAUCCGCUUUGUCAAAUCUAUCACUGAGCUGAAGACAUCCCUUGGGAAAGGACGAGGGUUUAUUCGCUACUCCCUUGUACAUCAACGACUGGCUGACACCCUGCAGCAGUGCCUGAUGAACCAGAGGGUCACCAGUGACUGGUACUACGCAAGAAGCCCCUUCUUGAAGCCCCACCUUAGUGUUGACAUAAUCAAUCACCUGUACGAACUCAAUGAGGUCAAGUUUGAUGUGGCUUCCAGAGGACACGAUCUUGAUGCCUCCUGGCCCACUUUCGCAAGGAGGACACUGGGAAGUGCAAACUCACCCGGGCACAUGUGGAAACCACCCAGUCGCAGUUCCAGUAUUAACAGUCUGGCCAGUACCUACUCCCAGCAAGCACACGAGUUCCCCUCGAGCCCCGACUAUGGUCAGGGUCUGCUGAAUGACCUGAAUGAGUCUCUGCCUGCCUGCACCGAAGACCUUCGUCUGGAGCUGGACCAGUCAGAGCUAAAACAGCGAGAGCUCCUAGAUCAGGUGCAGCAGCUAGCCGAGGAGGCUGCUGAGCUCAGGAGCGUAGUUGUGCAACUCCAGAGGCAGCUGGAUGCCUCCCUUGCUGCCCAAGAGGAGCAACAAGGCUUGCAGGGAGAUAUUAAAGCUCUGCAGGGAAGAGAAGAUACCCUGUCCAGAGAGGUGGAAGCUCUUAGGACUGGGGAAAUAGCCAGGGAGGCUGAAAUACAACUGUUUCAGGAAAAGUUGGCAGCUGCUGAGGGGAAGAACGUAGAGCUCCUGGCCAAGUUGGAUGGGGUUCUGAAUGAGAAGGGCCAGCAGGCUACCAAUUACUUUGAUUCAGCUCAAAAGAUACACGACUUGCUGGACAAGUUAAAAGAGGCAGAGAGUGGGAAGAUGGAAGCUGUAGCUGAGGCAGAGAAGAAGAAGAGACAGGCAGAGAGGCUAGAGGAUGAACUGAGAGUCAAGGAGGCAGCUGUAAAGCAUGGCGAAACAAAACUUGAAGCAUUCGUUAAAUCUGCAUCUAAUGAAAAGGCCAAGUUGGAGGCUAAAGUGGAGGAACAAUGCAGUGCUCUUAAUGAGCUGCAGGGGGCCUUGACAGUGAGAGAAAAGGAGGCAAACAACCUACAAAGGCAACUGCAGGACCUCCAAAGAUCUCUAGAAGAGAAGGAAAAAGAGGUGGAGGAGGUGAAGAGGAGGGCACACCUAGAUAAAGAUGAAAUGCAGAAGAAUGCCGGUGGUUUAAAAGAGUCUUUAGAAGCAGAAGUCACUGCCCUUAAGGAGCAGCUAAAGAGGAAAGAGGCAGAGUUUACCUCCAGCUGCAAGACACUACAACAGCUAGAAGCCAAGAACCAAAGCCUGACCACAGAGCGGGACAAACUGACCACUAACCUUGUUGAGCUGGAGGGUAACGUCAAAGAACAAGUCAAUAAGAUAGAAGACUACAAGACGCAAUGCAGCAAUCUAAUGGAACUAAAUAAGAAACUGCUGACCACAGAGAAGAGAAACGAGGAGUUAAAGAAGGAGAUGGCAGAACACAGAACAGGGCUUGAAGCUGAGCUAGCAGCUCUAAGAGCUUCUGAGAAACAGCUUCGCGGCCAGCUGGAUGAUACCAAGAUGACAGUGGAUGAAAAAGAGAAGCGGUUGCGUGAGGACAACCACAAGUUGGAUGAGAGUCUGCAGCAAGCCACCAUGGCCGCAAAGCUCUCAGAGGCCACAUCAAAGCGGCUAGAGCAGGAGAACCAGAGUCUGAGAGAGGAGCAGGACACUGUGAAAGUAGCUCUUAGCCGCAUGCAAGCUGACCUGAAGAGUGUUCAUGGGCAGAUUGGAGAGUUGGAGAAGAACUUGGGAGCCUCACGCAAGAAUGAAGCAAGCCUUCAAGAACAACUCCAAGCCAAAGAGGCCCAGCUGAAAGAUAAAGAGAAGAACUUUGUUGAGCUCCAAUCUAGGCUAAAAUCUCUUGAGGCCAGGGAGAAAGAGCUUGAGAUUGCCAAAUCUGAUGCAGAAGCAACUUGUGCUAAACAGACAGAAAUGAUUGAAAGGGUUCUCUCUGAGAAGCAGGCGAUGGAGAAAUCUCAGCUGGAGAGGAGCAUGGUCCAAGCAAAGGAGAACCAGGAGGUGACAGGCAAACUUGAAGGCCAGCUGGAGGUGUGCAUGAAAGAAGUGUCCAGGCUCCAGGCAGAGACCUUGGACCUCAGGGUGCGGCUACAGAGGUCUGAGGAGCAGAUGCUAAAAUCACAAGCACAGCUGGAGGUGACAGAGGCCCAAAGAGAUGAGCUUAGGACUCUGACUGAGCAUCUGAAAGCCCAGACAGAGGCACUGAAUCAAAGGCAUGUAACAGAGCUUAUGGAGAGCAAAAAGAAAGAAGAGGCUUUGGUUGAACAGUGUGAUAGAGAAGUAUCCGCCCAUGCCGAGGUGUCUAUCUCUGCGGCGGCUGUCCGAGAAGAGCUUUCCACCCUCAAGGCAGAAAAUGGCAGGCUAGCCUUAGAAAACAGCGAGAUACGUGAUGGUCUACAUAGGGCAAACACAGAGAUGGCAGAGCUUGGGAUGACCAUUUGUAAGCUAGGUGCAGAAAAGGAGAAGGCUAGAGAACAUUGGGCAGAGGACGCUGCCAGAAUCAAAGAAAUGGAGAAAGAGUUAGAGCGACUGGAAGAGAGCAUGGACGAACUACAGCUGGAAAAUAACAGACUAAGAGAGGAGCUGACACAGAAGGAGAAACUUCCAGAAACUGUCAUGGAGCUACAGGAGCAGCUGAACCAAAUGCAGAGCGUCAUUGACUCAAGACGAGAGGAGGCGGACGCCGCCAAGUUCCAAAUGAGCUCGGAGAACAUGAAUCAUCAAAUCCAGAUGAAGAGUGUGAAUGAGCAGCUUGACAAUAUGAAAGCCCAGCUGCAAGAGGAGCUGAAGAAUGUGUCCAGCUUGCAGGCCAAAGUGUCUGAACUUGAGGCUGUAAAUGAGCAGUACUUGCAGCUAACUGGCGAGAAAGAUUCUCACAUCACAAAGACAGAAACAACCAUUCGUGAGAGUGAGAGCGAGAUUCAGCAACUGAGAGCUGCAUUAACCAGUGCUGAAGAAGCACACUCGGCUAUGCAAAAGGUCAGCGAGGAAUUGAAGCAGAAACUCAACACAACAGAAGCUGCCAGUCAAAGCCAGUUUCUGAGGAUGACCGCAGAGAUUGAUGACCUCAACAGAACCAAGACCAUCCUUGAAGAACGGCUCAUCGAGCUUUUAAGGGACAAAGAUGCUCUGUGGCAGAAGUCAGACGCUCUGGAGUUUGAGCAGAAACUGCGAGCAGAGGAACGCUGGUGGUUAGUGGAUAAGGAGGCCACAAACUGCCUCGGGUGCCAGGGCCAGUUCAGCUGGUGGCUGCGCAGACAUCACUGCAGGCUUUGUGGUCGCAUCUUCUGCUACUACUGCAGCAACAACUUUGUGAUGACCAAACACAGUGGGAAGAAAGAGCGCUGCUGCAGGGACUGUUACACCCAACACAGCGCGGUGGUGGAGAGGUUCACAGAGGCAGAGCUGAGUCCUUCAGAUACUCUGCCUCUUCCACCGGGAGCUGAACCUCAGCCACCUCCUGAGCCAGCCCCGUAUAUACCCACUCCCAGGGUAACAGUUUCCGACCCCAGCAACAGAUCUGACGAUGGAGUUUUUGACAUAAUCACAGAAGAGGAAGUGAACGGCGUCUACGACAGUGACACCAUCUCCCAGACCACUGGAGGCUCCCUGGAGGGAGAACAGGACCGACGGCCUCCAGGAUCCCUGGAUAUCGGCAUAGGAGAUUUAACCCCCGAUGACCCUGAAGAGCAUGUUCCCACUGUUCAGGAUUCAGAAAUCAACCUCCUCAAAUCAGGAGAAGUCACGAUGGCUGUCCCUCUCAGCAUUGACGACAUCUCUCAGUUUGGUGACAGUUCCAGGGAACUCUUCGUCAAGUCCAGCUGUUACAGUGUGAUAACCGUUGCCGUGCGUGACUGUGGGCCAACCAUCAGCUGGGUGUUUUCGUCAGAGCCUAAGAGCAUCUCCUUCAGUGUGGUUUACAGGGAAUCCACUGACACUCAUGUGGAACAGUCAAAGGUCCUGAUUUCUCUGACUCGCUGCAAUUCCCAUAAAGAGACAAUUCAGGGACAGCUGAAAGUCCGAAACCCCGGCUUCUAUACACUCAUCUUUGACAACUCUUUCUCACGGUUUAUCUCCAAGAAAGUCUUCUACCAUCUGACCAUGGAGAGGCCCAUAAUCUAUGAUGGAAGUGACUUUCCCUGAAGCUGCAUAACCCAGAGAGGUAUCAGCAUGAUGUCACAAAGACCUCAUCAUGAUGUCACUGUGGCAGCCGAAGGGGAAGCGGAAGAGAUGGCAAAUUCAAUGAUUGAUUAAAUUGAGAAGUAUUUUUUGCUCUUUUGUUCCCAAAACCUGUUUUUACCCAAGUAUUUUAUGUUUUUAAAAACGUUUCUUUAUUAUUUAAGUCUUUGGUGUUACUGUUUUGAGGCGUGCUUAUGUUUUAACUGUGGCCUGUAAAGUGUUGUCAACUAGAUGAAAACGGUUUUUAGAAGGAAAAUAGGUUUUAUUUGUUUUUAAAUAUAUACACCAAGUAAUAUACGUACUUAAUUCAGCUAGGUUUAAAUAAGUAAGUUAUUCAGUUUGUGGCAUUUUGUUAUUUCUUUUAAUUUUUUUCAGUCUUAGUUUUGCUUUGACCUCUCUCUUCUCAAAUAUGCUGUUACUUUAGGGAAUUGAAAUCAAUGCAAGUAACACUAGCCGUAUGAAAUAUGAUAAAAGACUGUAUUUAUUUGAAGACCCAAAAAGAUUUUGAAAUUGUACUGAAUGGUGGUCAGUUGAAAGCUUCCGUACCAGAGAAGUGCAGACAGGUUGUUUGUUUGGCUUGUUCAUCAAUUGUCUGAACACUAUGUUUGCACUUUGUCAGCGGAGGGACGACAAAAGCGACAACUAGUAAAUGGCCUGUAAACAUACAGUUUGCGUUGAUAACAAAGCAUGUAAACUUUGUGCAAAUCUCAGGCGUGGGACAUAAAAUUGUCCUCCAGUGGUAGCAUGUCCUAAUUUUAUGUUUUUUGAAAACCAUCUGCCAUCUUACUUUCUGUGCAAGGAGACUACAAACCAUCUUUCUCCAUCCAGUUUACAGGACCUAAUGAAGCAGAGUGCCUGCACCAUACACAGGCUGACUGGUGUCAUUACAAUGACAGUCACUUAAAGUAUAUUAAUGACUGUUCUUUCAAAGUGCCUAUUAACUCUGAUUGCCAGUGAUUAGUUUGAUUUUGUGUCUGUAUAUUUUACCCUUUGUUUUCUGAACAGAACAUGACAUUUGAUACUAUUCUGUAAACACUUAAUUCCAAAUCACAAUCACACAGUUUUUUUAGUUGAAAAGAUUUUUCAGUUUGGAUUUAAUUUGAAUCUCUGGACUCUUUUUGUAAUAUGUUUAGAAAACCAUCUGCACUGUGCUCUCAGUAAUCAAAUGGGUUUCAGCAUUGUGUGUUGUUUAUUGUUGUUUUUUACUAUUAUAGCAAAGCAAUAAGGAAAAACGGGCUUGCUCACUUUUGGACACAACCAUACACUACUUAACAAAGCAAGGGCAUAUCUCUAUGCUGCUUUUAUAAAGAUCUGUUUGCACUUCACAGUCAGAUCUCUUAUAUUUUUGAUGGGUGUAAAUUGGUGCAAUUUCUAUGCAAAGGCUCAUAUUUUCUCUACAGAGCUGCACUUUGUGAUAAUUGUUUAAUAAAUUGUUAUAAGCAA